AUGAACUGUGACGAAAUCAUAAAGAAACUCUUGCUCAAUCCGGUACACAACACUGCUGCUACGCGGGGCCCUGCCGGUGAGAACUGCGAGAGCAACCAACGAACGUACACUCGCAUCUCACGCCUUGCCGCGUUCCAGAGCGCCCAGACACAAGAAAGCACUCCUAAAACCAAUGGAACCGGACGGGCAACGACAGAGGGGUUAACGGAGGCUGAGGUGCGGUGGUUAGUGAUGGAGUCCCGGGCGCUGUUCAUGUCGCAGCCGAUGCUAGUAGAAAUUGCCGCCCCCGUGAGAAUUUGCGGGGAUGUGCACGGACAGUACACCGACCUCCUGCGACUCUUCGACUUGGGAGGCUUCCCUCCAGAUGCAAAUUACAUUUUUCUCGGGGACUAUGUAGACCGUGGCGACCAGUCAUUGGAAACAAUCUGUCUCUUGCUCGCAUAUAAGUUGAGCUUCCCUGAGACCUUCUUCCUCCUACGUGGCAACCACGAGUGUAGUAGCAUCAACCGUAUAUACGGUUUCUUCGAUGAGUGCAAGAGGCGGUAUAGUGUCCGCUUGUGGAAACAGUUCACCGAUACUUUCAACUGCAUGCCAGUGGCUGGAUUGGUUGAAGGACGUAUCCUCUGUAUGCAUGGUGGGCUCAGUCCUGAACUCACUGAUCUCGAUCAGAUACGUCGCAUUCUCCGCCCCACGGACGUGCCCGAUAGUGGACUGAUAUGCGAUUUGUUAUGGUCUGAUCCCAGCACGAAUAUGGAGAGUAACUGGAGUGAGAAUGACCGCGGCGUGUCGUGGACCUUUAGUGAGAGUGUCGUGAAGUCUUUCAAUAAGAAGUUUGACCUCGACCUCAUUUGCCGUGCCCACCAGGUGGUGGACGCGGGUUAUGAAUUCUUCGCAGCACGGCAGCUUGUGACAGUUUUCUCUGCGCCGAACUACUGCGAUGAGUUUGAUAACGCCGGUGCAUUUAUGUGUGUGGAUGAAAAUUUUAUGUGUAGCUUCAUACGGAUUGAGCCCACACGCACGCUGUUGAGGUACUUCUUUUAG